AGGCAGUUUCAGCUGCCUUGAUUGCACUCUGGUAGGAGGCAUAAUGGAGAGAAGUGUGGUGCAAAUCACUCUCUUUGGACUGCUGCUGUCUUUGGCCUCCACACUGCCAAACAAGGAUGACUGGGACAUCUACAGCUUUCACAUAAACUCCACAGUGACCAGUCGUUAUGCCACCACUGUCAUCACAAGCCGUGUGGCCAAUCGUAUGAACGAGUCAAAGGAAAUUGAAUUCCAUGUUCGGAUUCCCAAGAAUGCCUUCAUCAGUAAAUUUCGAAUGUUUAUCGAUGGCCAAGUUUAUGAUGGUGUUGUGAAAGCUAAGGAGCAAGCUCAGCAACAGUACUCUGAAGCUGUGUCCCGUGGUGAAAGUGCUGGACUUGUCAGUUCUGUAGGAAGGACUCUGGAGGAAUUUAAGACCUCUGUAACUGUGGCUGCUCACAAAAAGGUCACUUUUGAACUCACAUAUGAGGAAUUAAUGAAACGAACACGUGGCAAGUACGAGCUGCAAAUUCAUGCUCGACCCAUGCAGCCUGUCAGUGACUUCAAGGUGGACGUGCACAUUCAAGAGGAAGCUGGCUUCAGUUUCAUCGAUGUGAAAGGAGGCCUGAGCACCAAAGCCCUCGCUAAUGCCAUCACUAAAACACACACAGAUAAAGAGGCGUGGGUGUAUUUCUAUCCAACAGUUGACCAACAGAAGAUGUGUGACAGCUGUAGUGAUCAGGGUAUGAAUGGAGAUCUAGUUAUUAUUUAUGAUGUCAACAGGGACAAUGGACUAGGACACAUCAAGAAAUCUGACAGAUACUUUGUUCAUCACUUUGCUCCAUCUGAUCUUCCUCGAGUGCCAAAAAAUGUCGUCUUUGUUAUUGAUCAGAGUGGCUCAAUGAGUGGCAGAAAAAUACUCCAGACUAGGACUGCAUUAAUCCACAUUUUGAAUGAUCUGGCAGAAGAUGAUCACUUUGGUCUGAUCACUUUUGAUGGCAACAUUUUGCACUGGAAGCGAGAACUCGUUCAGGCCAACAGCAAAAACCUGGAAAGCGCCAAAAACUUUGCAAGCAAUAUACAAGCUAGAGGAUCCACAAAUAUAAAUGAAGCAGUGUUGCAAGGAGCACGUAUGCUGAAUGAUCAUAGCAGAGAAGGUUCAGCAUCUAUUCUGAUACUUCUUACAGAUGGAGACCCAACCUCAGGGGUGACAAACCUGGAGAAUAUUCAGUCAAAUGUAAGACAAGCUAUUGCAGGCAAAUUCCCACUGUACUGUCUUGGUUUUGGUUUUGAUGUUGAUUUUAAGUUCCUUGAGAAAAUGUCGCUGCAAAAUAACGGUGUGGCACGGCGGAUAUAUGAAGACUCUGAUGCUGAUUUACAGCUGAAGGGUUUCUAUGAAGAGGUGGCCACACCUCUAUUAACAGACGUGACAAUGAUCUAUGUUGGUGGGACCAAUCUAACCCAGACUAACUUCAGCCAGUAUUAUAAUGGUUCUGAGAUUGUGGUGGCCGGUGAGAUCACAGAUAACAAUAUUGAAACCUUCACCCCUCAAGUUGUGGCCAUUUCGAGUAAUAGAAGAAUAAUAUUCUCUAAAUCAAAUAAAACCGUGGAAUCCACUGGAACAGUGUCUGAUGACCGUAUCCAGAGGGUUUGGGCGUACCUCACAGUUAAGCAGCUACUAGACAAAGAGCUUCAGUUAUCGGGACCGGAGAAAGAGAAAGUAAAGAAGGAGGCUUUGGAGCUGUCACUGAAGUACAGUUUUGUGACUCCUCUCACAUCUAUGGUGGUCACAAAGCCUCCAGGAGAGAACACAGAUGUGCUUCAUAAACCAAAGGAAGGUGAAACACCACAGAGAUGGCAGCCCCGUGUAGAUCACAAAUUUUCAAGACAAUAUUUGGCUCCUAGUAGUCGCGUUUCAUCUGGAGGGGUUAUUCACGACAAUCCAGUAUGGAGACCCAUUUCCAGGCAACUCAACCAUCACUCACAUCUUGCGUCAGAUGUGAUGAACAAACAAUCCAUUGGAGGCUAUGGAGGAUACAGUUUAUCAGGAAUCUCAAACACACGUACUCGUGCCGUACAAGGAAUCUUAAAAGAAAAGAAUAUUGGCCGUCAAGUCAUGCAACAGCACACCCCCAGAGGAGAGAGAGGAGAGAUUGGACAUCCUGGAGCAGUCAUGGAACAGCACACCCCCAGAGGAGGGAGAGGAUACCUUGCACCAGUUGUUCUCCCUGAUGUCCAACCUGCUGUUGUUCAUCUUUCACGUGAUACUACUACUCUGGAAUCCACUGAUGUUCCUGUACUCCACAGGUUUUUGCUAAAAGCUGAGAACCAGACUGUUCCACUAUGCUUUGAUGUCAGUGGACCUGUCCGCCUUAAACUUCUUCACUAUCCCAGCAGGGAACUGUCUGUAAAUGGUGAGCUUGAUUCAGUUACAAAUGGAGGCUUCAGCAGAAUUUUCAUACACGUCAAAGACAGCCAACAUGUUGAGAUCGACACCAACUGGGUCACUGUACGAGAUGGACAGACAGUGACAUAUUACACUGGACAGGAUCGCAUUACAGCUGGAAGUGUGACAGUGAUUGUGCGCAACAACGAAAUAGACGUUGCCACUGGAGACAUGCGAAUGGUCAUCAUAGUUCAUGAGAACAAUGGUCGAAAAAUCCUUUGGCCAGUUUUAAGACGGCAUCCUUCAGCCAACAAC